AGAGAUGUCAAAGGAAAUCGACAUUUCAAUACGAUACUUGGAAAAUGUUCUUUCAACCAACAAUUCCACAUUGAUUCUCAGCAGCACAGCUGCUGUUCUUGAAGCUGUAUCGAAGAAUUGUGAUACAACAAAUGGAGAACUCAAAAGAUCUAUUAUUUCACUUUUACGCAUAAUCGACAAGAAAUGUUUCUUGAACCAAGACGUUGACGUCAACCAAAUUAAAUUUUCCCUUCAAGAAGUCGGAAAGCUUUCCACAAAAUAUCCAAAGUCUCAUCAGAAACCAGGAAACGAAGUGAAAGUGAAAACAAAUGCCGAGUUCCGGGAAAUUGAAACCGUUCCUAAUCCGGAUGAGGAGAACAUUGACAAUCUGCUUAACCAGUUGAAUUUGAAAAAAGUUCCCAGCUUUUCCCCAGCUUUCCCAGAUAUUGGUGAUGACUCAGAUGAUGAAAAUGGAAUAACCACUAAACAAAAAGAGGAAGAACGAGCUGAGCAACAUGGCCAGAAGGUGUGUGAAGAAGAAGUGGUAAAGCUACCGGAUGGACGGGAGAUCAGAAUGAAAAAAACUAAAACUGUAAAUGUAAAACAAACCACGAAACAUGUCACGAUUUCCACAAAAAGUGCAAAUAUGCCGGAAGUGAGCAGAACGUUUAUGAAUGCUAGACGAGGAUUUGAUGAAGAUGAAGAGGAGGAAAACACUAACUUCGGAUCAAGUAACAUGCGUGGUGGCGAUCCAUUUGAACGUUUUCGAUCUAUGCUUAAAGAUAAGGAUGAGAAGAUCGAGGCAAUCGAGGGAGAGUCGUCGUCUGAUCCAGGAACACCUGGCUCUUCAUCGAAAUCAAAAACAAUCGAGAGAACGAGUGAAGUGUCACAAAAAGUGUCUGAGAAAAAAGAGAAAGAUGGAAGACUGCUGGCAGAACAUGAAGCGUCGAAACUUGACAAGUCCAAUUUGUUUGCCAAGCAAGUUGAUACAUACCAGGGUGCUGCGUUAAUUGACAGAAAAGGAGAGGGCAGUUACGAAGAGAGCACAUUAGUACGCAGUGCUCUUCCUCAGGAUUCACAGGUGGCAACACCUCCGAGAAUGCACGUUGUCGAGUAUAUGAUGAUGUUUGGUGAUGACAAAAAGAACAACGAAAAUGAGUAUCUGAAAGGUACCACCAUCUCGUCCUACGUGCGUCUCAAUAAUAAUUUAACAACUCACGAGGAGCAGUUCAAAAAGAAGAUCCAGUUUGAAUUCAGUACUGCAGGAACAUCAUCGACUACAAUCGACUUGGAUAAUUUGUCUGAUUUGCUUAAUCAGACAGACUUUAACUGCCUAAGACCGCCAAAUAAAUUUUUGGAAGAUACACCGCUGAUUGUCGAGCAACCAAAAGCUAUUGACUGGCAGAGAGAACCUACAAGUGCACCGCCGGAGAAAGAUUUGCUCUUGGAGCAUGACGGUGUAGAUUAUGUCAUUUUUCGAGAAAAAGAAGGAAAAGUAUUAGAAGUUCGUGGUGGGCCGAAAGAUGCGCUCAUUGUCUAUGCCACACAGUCCACGCAUUCCAGUUUACUCUACCAAGAGGCUUUCCUUAUCACGUUCCGAACAUUUAUCAGCUCGCUGGAGCUGGUGAACAAGCUUAUCAAACGAUAUCUCUACAUGUCACUUGCCGAUGACUCGCAAUCAGAGUCAAUUGCCCGUCACACAUUCUCAGUGAUUGUAAGAAUCAUUGACGAGACUACACAAUAUGAAUUGGACUUUGAUCUCAUCACCUCAGUCACCUCGUUUGUGUAUCGUCUUAUCCAUGACGGGAAUUUUACGUAUUCCAGGAUUCUACGAACUCGUUUAUUGGAUCGUAUCAAAGAUUCUUUCGAUAUUCAGACUGUACUGGGAACUAAUCUUUGCAAACCAAGAAAACCCCAUGACCUAUUUGAUUUCAAGUCCGCAGAGAUUGCAUGCCAGCUUACUUUCAUUGAUUCUCAGCUUUACCAUAGAAUUGAGUCCGCCGAACUACUCUGGUGGGCUCAAGAACAAAACGAGAAAAAAAGCAAAAAUCUAGUCAAUUUUACAGAACAGUUCAAUAAUCUGUCCUUCUGGGUACGAACACUGAUCAUCACUCAAGGAACUCAAAAAGAAAGGGAGCGACACAUGAUGAAAUUUGUUAAAAUUAUGAAGCAUCUCCGCGAAAUGUGCAAUUUCAACUCUUAUUUGGCAAUUCUCAGCGCAAUUAUGUCCACGCCAUUGGCUAGGUUGGAAUGGAGCAAAAAUAUCAAAGAUGCUCUAAAGGAGCACACUGCAGUUAUGGACACAGCUCAGUCGUACAAAAAUUACAGAGCACUGUUACAAACAGCGAAGCCGCCAUGUGUUCCUUAUAUCGGCAUUAUCCUCCAAGACUUGACAUUUGUUCACGCCGGCAACCCAGACACUAUUCCAUCCGACCGAUGCCACGGCGCCAAGAACAUGAUCAACUUCCUGAAACGGUGGAACCAGUUUGCCAUUCUUGACAGCAUCCGCAAAUUGAAGAAAUGGAAUUAUGACAUAAAGAAGAACGACAUCGUAGUGCAGUAUUUUAAUGGCUUUAAAGACUGUAUCGAUGAGGAGCGCACUUGGCAACUUUCUCAUCAAAUUAAGCCGUCAAACCGAAAGUCCAAAACACAGGCAUAAUAUACAAUCCACAAUUCACAGCCCCUGUCAUUAUUUCUCAGAUUUCUUUUCUCACUUUCUUUUUUCAUUCAGCUCUCUCGUUCUCUCUUUCUCUACAUUUUUCCGACAGUAUAAUAAUAUUGACAAUGAUAAUAACAAUAAUAUAAAACAUGUUUAUA